AUUCCUUCCUUCUCCUUCUCCCACUAGAGAGAGGAAACACUCUCUCUCUCUAAAAAUAAAUCCGUUUCUCUCUCUCUAAAAAAAAAUCUCACCCUUUAUAUAUUGGGGUUUUCUUCAUUGUAUAGAUACAUAAUCUGUAUCGUGGGGUUUUCUUGAUUUUGUCUUAUUUUUUGUUCUUGUGGGGUGUGUGUGAGAGAUUUUGGAAAAUUUUAUUUGUUUGUUCGAAUUGAUCGGACGGUUGAGAAUUGAGGUAUGCAGGCUGAUCAGACGACGGUGAUAAGUUUGAGACCAGGUGGUGGUGGUGGUGGUAGUAGAGGAAGCAGAGUGCAUCUUGGCCCUCGCUUUGAAACUACCUCUUCAGAUCUCCCUUUACUUCGUCCACAUGGCGGUUCUUCAUCUAUAAAGUCUGGAGACUCACGUUUUGAGGGCCGUGAGCGCGUUAAGUAUACCCGAGAUCAGCUGCUGCAUCUGAGAGAGUUGGUGGUUAACAUUUCUGAUGAUAUCCUUCUAAUCAAACAAGAAGUUGAAUCUGAACUGUUUGGUGAUGAUGUCAGUCGAGGCCGUGCAGACACCAAUGCGCAGGUCCAAUCUCAGACUCGUUAUUCUGAGCCGGACACCCGUGAUUGGCACAGCAGGUCAUCACAAUUUUCUGCCCCCGUGGAGGAAAGAUCAUGGAACGCUCCCCGAGAAAAUAGAGAAUUUGGUGGUCGGCAAGAACAGCUUACCUCACAGUUUGCAAGAACUCAAAUAUCUCCCAACAGAGGGGGAGGACCUGCUCCUACACUAAUCAAAGCUGAGCUGCCAUGGUCAGUUAGAAGAGGCAAUCUUUCUGACAAAGAUCGUGUCUUGAAGACUGUGAAGGGUAUACUCAACAAGCUGACUCCGGAGAAGUUUGAUCUCCUCAAAGGUCAAUUGAUAGAUUCAGGAAUAACAAGUGCAGACAUUCUAAAGGGUGUUAUUUCCUUGAUCUUUGACAAGGCUGUAUUGGAACCAACAUUUUGCCCGAUGUAUGCCCAACUGUGUUCUGAUCUCAAUGAAAAGUUGCCUCCAUUUCCUUCUGAUGAACCUGGUGGCAAAGAGAUCACUUUCAAGCGUGUUCUAUUGAAUAACUGUCAGGAGGCAUUUGAAGGUGCUGACAAACUUCGAGAAGAGGCGAGGCAAAUGACAGCCCCUGAGCAGGAGGCGGAACGUAAGGACAAAGAAAGGCUGAUCAAAAUUCGCACGCUUGGCAAUAUUAAGCUUAUUGGAGAGCUUUUGAAGCAAAAGAUGGUCCCUGAAAAGAUUGUUCAUCACAUUGUUCAGGAACUGCUAGGACAAGAUCCUAAAAGUUGUCCGGAAGAAGAGAAUGUUGAAGCCAUUUGUCAGUUUUUCAACACCAUCGGCAAGCAGCUUGAUGAGAACCAAAAGUCAAGGCGCAUCAACGAUGUGUACUUUACCCGGUUGAAAGAACUAUCAACAAACCCUCAGUUGUAUCCACGGCUAAAGUUUAUGGUUCGUGAUGUGCUUGAUUUACGUUCCAAUCACUGGGUCCCUAGGCGGGAAGAGGUGAAAGCAAAGACCAUCACCGAGAUUCACUCAGAUGCGGAAAAGAGCAUGGGGUUGCGUCCUGGUGCCACUGCAAACAUGAGAAAUUCUCGUGGUCUUCCGACUCAAGGGAGUCAGAGUCCUGGUGGGCUUCCUAUGAAUCGUCCAGGGACUGGUGGUAUGAUGCCUGGAAUGCCAGGAACUAGAAAGAUGCCUGGUGCACCUGGGAUGGAUAAUGACAACUGGGAAGUUCCUAGAUCCCGGUCGAUGCCUAGAGGUAACGGGCCACUGGUGCAGCCAGGUGGACGAGGUCAGCCUCAGCCACCAUUGGUUGGCAAGUCGCCCUCAUUGAACCCUAGACUUCUUCCUCAGGGUAGUGGUGGCUUCGUUAGUGGAAGGCCUAGUGCCCUCUUGCAAGGUAGUGGGGCCCCUCCCGCUCGCCCAUUGGGCUAUGGUUUCAGUGUGGAGCCUGCAUCACAGGCUUCUCGACCAGUUCAACCUCCUCCAGUCGCGGAAAAACCGCAAGUUCCUGCUGUGAGUGCGAAUCCCGAUGAACUAAAGAGAAAAACAAAAUCUCUUCUGGAGGAAUAUUUCAAUGUUCGGCUUCUGGAAGAAGCUUUGCAAUGUGUUGAGGAACUCAAAUCCCCAGCCUACCAUCCCGAGGUUGUCAAAGAAGCAAUAUCAAUUGGUCUAGACAAGAGCCCACCACGCGUUGAACUAGUUGCUCAGCUUCUCGAACACUUGUUUGUUAAGAAGGUUUUUACAGCUGGCGACUUGGUUACUGGUUUCUUGAACUUUGCCUCUCUGCUGGAUGACCUUGCCAUGGAUCUACCAAAAGCACCGAUAAAUUUUGGUGACAUAAUUGCUAGACUAGUUUUGGCUGGAGCUUUGGAUUUUAAGGUGGUCAACGAGAUCCUGAAGAAGGUAACCGAUGAUCUAUACCAGAAAGACGUGUUUACAGCUGUAAUGGGAGCUAUUAGCUCUAGUCCUACGGGCCAAGCAGUAUUGGAUUCACAAGCACCUGAUGUUGAGGCAUGCAAAGCUCUAUUUCAAUAAAAAGCUCAACUCUCCUGAAGAGCCAUUUUCUGUAACCUCGGGGGAUUCAAGAGCAAGUUGAUUUUAAGGGAGUUGUAUUUUUUUUUAUCCAAGGUGAAAGUAGUGUGUGUUGAAAGAAAGAUUUUGCCUUUUGAGGAUGGUUAAUUGUACUGCAUAAUUGCUCUAGGCAAAGGGGCCCUCAUUUUGUAUUAGUUAUUUAUUUAUUCUCUCUUGACUAGAUAAUUAAAAUUUUGUCAAACCUGUUGAGUUCAUACUGCAAUUGCUCAAGCCUUCUAUUAUGAGUGUUCCAUUUUUGAAGGAAAAA